GAUCAGAAAGUACUGGGUCAUGACGAAACAUCGGCAUCGAUCGAACAAUCCCGAACUCGUCCCCGUCGACGUGCGAGCUCGUUAAGGCCCCGCAACUUGUAGCUGGCGUCAGCUCAGCCUCUUCCUGAUCUCGUCUCUUCCUGAACACCGAAAGGAAGGAAGGAAGGAACACGUCGCGCUGAAAUCAAUGCCUGGUAUCCUCUGGGCGCGAGAAGCGUCUUCUCCCGCGUGAUUAAGCGAGAACACCACGACCGAUAAGAUCGAACAGACUAAGAACAAACGUCAAAACAAUAGGGGGACCUCGCGUCUGAUCUCACGAGUGAGAUCAUAUUAAGGGGAAGGCGGAUUCAUCUUUAUUUACAAGGUUCAUCGACUGGGACGGCCGAGAGAACAAUUGUAAAUUAAUACAGGCGAGAGGGUUCGCCGAUGUACCGGUGGUGAAAUUCGAAAGAAGAAUACAAGCGGGUGCGUCGUCGUAGUGUAGACGUCGAAUUAGCGCCAGGAACAGAAUUUAUCCUCCGUGAUGAGGCAGAGAUUCGUGUGUUUUCUGUGGACCGCGUUGAUACUGCGGGGAGACGUCCUCGUGGCGGCUGAGGCCGAUCCUGCAAUUUUGAAUGGCGCCGAUUUGUCUCAUCUUCAACAGGGCCGCAUCGUGAACGAUCCGCGACCUCGUCUCUCGGUUUCCCAGCAAGCCCAUAUACUGAGUGAUGUGCAGCAACACCAGCAACGGUACCGGCAACGUCCCACUCAAGACUUCAAGAAUCCGCGGGUAACGUCUUUUCCCUCGUUCGAGCAGGCACAAUCCGGCACGCCGUACUCCUCCCUGGCCAAGUACAAAGUUGAUCGAGCGAAGCAACAGUUGCAACAGUUGCAGCAGCAGCAACAACAGGUGCAGCAGCUUCUGCAGCAGCAACAGCAGAAGAUCGCCCAACAACUCGGUACUUCGAACUUCGUGAACAGCGGCGUGCAAGCGUCGCAAUUCCAACAGCAGCAGCAGCCGCAGCAGCAAUACCAGCAACAGCAAUACAAUCAGUACAACCAGAAUAACUUCCAGAAUCUUCAACAAGACUUGUCGCAACCGCUGUUCAGCGAUCAGCAGACGAUACAGCUACAGGAAUAUCUCGAGAAGCAGCGCGAGCUGGAACUGCUCCAGAAGCAACGGCAGCAGCUGCUGUACGAGCAACAAGAGGUGCGCAGGCAGCAGGAAUUGCUGCGACAUCAGCAACUCCAGAAGCUCACUUCCACUACGCCACUUCCGCCGACCGCGACAUCGACCCCGAUCGCCGUUAGCACCACUUCCGCACCGUUGCUGCUAUCCUCGCCGACGGCGCGACGUAUCACGCCAUCGGAAGCGGACCUCUUUCUCAAAGCAAUUGCUAACCACCAGAAGAAAUAUACAACGACAGCGGCGAGCACGACUACGACGACGACCACCACCACCACUACCACGCAGCCACCUCCGCCAGCCAGACGUCUGAUUACAUCUAAUACUCAUCAGGAGACGGAUAUACCGGAGAACCUGCUUAGCCUGAUCCAGGAUCAAGAGGGUCAAUUAUUGCAGCCAGGUAAACCGAAGCCGCAGAUCAAGGUGAUCUAUCAGACCGAUAAACCCAGCACGACGAGGCAGAAUUCCGGCAGCAGAAACAGGAGUUCUCAACAGUCCGAGCGGGAACUGUUGCUGAGGCAACUCAAACUCGCUCUCGCUCAGUCCGGCGAUGACGAUGAGGCCAGGAAUGUCACUACCAGGGACCUGAUAUUACCGAACGGCAAGAAGAUUCAGGUUAUCCACGCGCCGAACGGUUUAUCUUCCAUUGCAUCGAGCGGAAGUUCUAUCCAGACCUUGGCUGUGCCGUCCUCGACGACCAUCAAGCCUCCGAAGGCGCUCUUCGAGGAGCUGACGAAGGGCGGCGUACUGCCACCGGGUGCCGAUUUCGAAGUCAUCCGACAGAAGAGCGACGGCAGACUCGAGGAGAUCGGCAAGACACCGAUAAUCCAGAAUCUACCGGCGAAGAAGGUCACGUUUGUCUUGUUGGAGGAACAGGCGGACGGCAGUUACAAGGUGCAGGGUGUCAAGGGUAAUGCCAACGACAAGGAGAGCGGCACCGACGUCGAGUCCAUCGUCGAGAAGAUCAAAAAGGGCGAGCUGAAGCUGCCGCCCAGCUCGCUCGGACCGACCACGCCGUCCUCCACGCUGGAACACCUCGAGUCCAGCCUCGAUCCGAAUCUGAUAGUGUCCACUGGCACGUCCAGGACGCCGUUAUCAUCUCUUCACUCCGUCAGCACGACGGCGUCGACCUUCAGACCCACCACCGUCAGAUCUUCCUCGACCAGAUACAGCGAAAGCAAGUCGGCGACGACGGAAUACAUCCCCUACGUCACGGUGUCGCCCAACUCAGUGCCCACCACCGACAAAUACGUGACCUCGGCGUCCAGCGUCACGGGCCACGUGUACAACGCCCUGAAUACUAGCCCGACGAAGACAACCCUGUCGGAUCACAUUCCACGGGUGACCACCAAGUACUCGUCCACCAGGAGCCAGUUCAUCCCGACGAUGGCGCCGGUGAACGAGAUCGUGACGACGGCGACGACUCCGGCGACCUACUCGCAACAUACGCCAAACUCUUACGUCUAUUUCUCCAAGCAUUCAUCUCCCGCGGAAACUUCGUCGACCUCGACGGAGGAGGCUGAAGUUUCGCAGGAACAUCUGGCCACGUUGUUGAGAAAAGAGGGCCUCUUCGGUAUGGCGAAGUACCUGAGGCAGUCGGGACUUGAUAAUGUGUUGAACGAAACCGGUCCGUACACCAUAUUCGUCCCUACGGACAAAGCCUUCAGGACGUUAAUGGUGCAGCUGGGAGGGCCAGAGAAAGCUGAGCAGAAGUUCCGUGACAAUCCGAGGCUCCUAAGUGGGCUUCUUCUUCACCACGUCAUACCAGGAGCCUUCAGGAUCGAUUCCCUGCAGGACGAGAUGACCGGCGUCAGUCUCGCGGGAACGCAAUUGCGGGUGAACGAGUACGCGAUGCAGGACCACGAGUGGAACGAUGUGAAGGUGACGACGAUAAACGGGGCGCGUGUCGCGCCCAACAAACGCGACAUCGAGAUCCCUCAGGGUAUCGCCCACGCCGUCGACAGGGUCAUGUUCCCGCUUCCAGUCGGAGAUUUAGUGCAAACCCUGCAAGCCGAUCGUGAGAGGAGGUUCAACACGUUCCUCAGAAUGCUGCACGCAUCGGGCUUGGAGGACACGCUCACAGGACCGAAGACGUUCACCAUCUUCGCACCGACCGAUUCCGCUUUCACCGAUGCGUCCACGAAGAACGGCGCCCCAAUUUGGACCGAUGAGGACGGGCCGGAUGCGGCGAAGGCGAUAAUCUCGCGGCACGUGAUUCCCACGACCCUUUAUACGGCCGGCAUGAGAUAUUACAUUCAAAAGGACACUCUUCGUCCACAAUCACCGGUUCACAUCCACAAAAACGGAGGACGAGUACGAAUAAACGAGGCACACGUCGUGACGCACAAUGUGCCAGCAACGAACGGUGUGUUGCAUGCUAUCGACGGUGUUCUAUAAAACGACAGUUCAGUAAUGAAAGCAAAUUGACGAUUAAAAUGCACGGGUUGCAAUCAUGCAGGUGAUAAUCGUAUGAUAAUUCGUCACAAUUAAACGCAAUUGUAUCUAUAAUUUCUCGAAAAGUUGACGAGCUCGAUAUAUCAAGUGAAUGUAAAUUGCUUGCGCGAGUGCGGUGAGAUCCGAGUGGCAAUUAAAUCGAAUUGUAUCAAAGCGAUUAGUAUUAAACGCUCGCCGCAUCGCGAUUGGGUGUAGUCGUCGAAAAAUUGACAUGCCAUAGGUCGCGAAAUCGGAGGAAAAAGUAACGAGACCAUUUUUAACGUACAUGUGUAUACAUAUUAAUUUAUAUAAGAUAAAUAACAUCAGAGAUUCGUGUACUCGUGUCAGGCGCACAAGAGUAUGGAAUAUUAAUCGCUAUUGUAUAGAAUGGUAACGCAAUACCAUGCUUAGCUCAUAACUCAUAUCUUUUUAUAAAUAAAUGUACAGAACGUA